AUGAGUCUGGAUGCUUCCGGAAGCGGCAUAGAGCUCGAGUACAUCCAUUCAGACACGUCCGGCCCUUUGGCUGCGCCAACAAAGGCCGACACGUCCCACUACGGGUCCAGAUCCGUCCCAGAACCAGUGCGCUCCAGCCCCACACCAAAUUGCCACAGAACAAGACCUGCCUUCGACACUCGACUGAGCGACGAGCUGACCACCAGCAUUCCCGUGCCAGGGCCACCAGCUGCCUCGGAGACUCUGGAAAAUGAGCCAAAACUGGCCAAUGUCAUGAGUUUUCGCAACCCUCCCAUGAACCGGUACCGAGUAGUGGUCUGCAUUGUGUGGACCUUCAUCUGUGGGUUCAGCGACGCAGCUCCCGGGGCCCUUCUUCCGCAUAUCGAGACGUACUACCACGUCAACUAUGCGUUGGCGUCACUCAUCUGGAUCAGCAAUGCAUUGGGGUUCAUUUCGGUGGCCUGUUUUUCACACAAGAUCCAGCCGUGGUUGGGCAGAAAAUACUCGUUGCCGUUUGGGUGCCUCUUGAGUUGUGUGAUGUAUGCCAUUGUGAGUAGUGGAACCAAGUUCGCAGCCACGGUGGUGGGGUUCUUCUUUGGCGGUGCUGGUUUGGCCAUGGUAAUGGCCCAAACCAACAUCUUCUUGAGCCGGUUGGAAAAACAGUCCAAGUACUUGUCGUUCAACCAUGGAUCCUACGGCACGGGAGCCACCGUUUCGCCAUUGAUAGCUACAGGCAUGGUCAAUGCUGGGGUCAAGUGGCACUUCUUCUACCUCGUGUUGCUUGCCAUGAUGGCAGGAGCUGGCGUAGCCCUAUAUCUCGUGUUCCAAACUGCAGACGAAGACUUGAAGCCGUGGGACUCCGAAAACUCCGACGAGAUGGCUCCUCCGGCUCAACUGGCACCUCUGCACACCAAUGAAAUGAUUUUAGCCUUGAAAUCGCCCGUGACCUGGCUCCUCUCGUUCUUCGUGCUCUUCUACCAAGGCGCAGAGGUUUCCAUGGCUGGGUGGAUCGUCACCUUCUUGUUGGACUAUCGUCACGGAAACUCGUCGUCUGUGGGUUAUGUGGCCUCAGGUUUCUGGGCUGGCUUGACCAUAGGCAGGUUGGUGCUCACCAGGCCACUCCACAAGAGCUUAGGGUUGCGGAGGAGCGUAAUUGUGGUAUCGAUGGGUUCCAUCGUAUUGGUGGCCCUAAUAUGGGCCAUCCCUCACACCAUUGCCGAUGCAGUGUUGGUGGCUUUGGCAGGUAUUCUCAUUGGCCCAAAUUACCCUUUGUUAAUCACCUUCAGUGCCCGGGAUGGAUUAAUUCCACGAAAAUUACAGAUCAUCACUCUCACCAUAAUGACAGCUUUUGGCUCCUCUGGAGGAGCAUUGUUUCCGUUCAUCGUGGGUAUGCUUUCCCAGACCUCUGGCACAUACGUGGUCAUGCCAGUGUUCAUCGCAUUGUACGCUUCGAUGAUACUUUUGUGGGUGUGCUUGCCGAAUAUCGAACGCAAACGGGGUGGAGAAAUGAGUCUUUGGGAACGUAUCUGGUAG